UUAAUCCGCCACGCACAUUACAAUCAUGUAUAUGUAUAUGCAUAAUUAAAAGAUUAUUUAAUGAAAAGAGGGAGCGAAACAAGUGAGCAUAAAUAAAAAGCCUAAAGUAAAACACACCUUUGUAAUUACAUUUUACAUUACACACUUCAUCAUGCUAGAAUUGGUCACGCAUGUAUCAUUUUCAUGUAGUGCUAUUAAAAGCAUGCAGAAGCAAUAUGACAUUCGAUCCCUAGUGUCAACGCGGAAAUGUGAAUUUAUAAUUGUGACCACAACUCAGCAGAAUAUUUUUGCGUGCACAAAAAAACGUUUACCACGUGAUCAUCCAACGUUACAUUUAUUAACACCGAAUGUGUUAGUGGAUUUGUAACCACGAGUAUAACGCAUAAUGCUUUCCUUUUGUUUCCUUCUUUUGGUUUGAUUUCAACGACUACUCACGUACUUAAUUCGUAUUUGGUUUGCGUGAUGUUUUCAGAAGCUCGUAAUGUGAAAAUUUCGCGUUAUUUUUAUUUUGUUUUGCGAGCUUUGGCGUUUUUAAUUUCAGGGAGGGUCGUGUACGCGUUACCGGCCCACGAAGGGCACAGGAAAUCAGUUGUUGGCCCUCGACGGCCUUUCAGUGAGUAACCACUGAUUUACUACUGCCGCGGCUUUCAGUGUUGACUUAGCAACGAUACAAUAAACUACAUAAAUUAAGCGCAUUAUUCAAUUGGUCGGACGUGCCAUAUGAAGUCUUCACCCCACUCCCACAACCUCUAUUACUCCUCUCCACUUUGGUUUUCUUAUUCGUCAUAAUCAGUUUUGCCAUGUGUAAUAGUUGCCAUUCAUUUCGUCCGAUUCAGUUUCAUCUUUGAAUGACUGUCAUGUUUUGUUUGAAAAAGAAAGGAUAAACAACACGGAUGUAUACAUGCACCUCAAACGCGAUCACGUCAGAUUCAUUAGUUAAUCGGCGCCCGUGCAAGCGCAAGUCACGGUUCGCCGAACAUUCAUCUAAAGUAAACCAAUUCUAUGCAAAAUCAAGAUGAAGUGUGUUUAGCGGCAACUAUGCUGUAGAGUACAAACGAGCAAUAUACAAAUUCCAAGGACAAUAUACUUACAUACUCCCCUUCCCCUGUGCCCCUGCACUGUGCAAAAUGUGUUAAUGGCUAAACAGGACAACGGUGUACAACAUGAAUAUCAUCAAUCGGGCCCUGUACUCCCGUCCGAAAGAUAUGCCUCUCAUCACUGUGUCAAAUCAUCACAGUUGCUUCGAUGACCCCGGUAUAUGGGCGACCCUGGACGUGAAGCAUAUGUUUAAUCGACGUAGGAUGAGAUGGUCGCUAGCCGCCCACGACAUUUGUUUCACCAAGACCUGGCAUUCGUAUUUCUUUAUGCUGGGCAAAUGCAUUCCUGUGAUCAGAGGCGCUGGCGUGUACCAAGAGGCCAUGGAUUUCUGCAUCGAAAAACUAGCCGCCGGCGAAUGGAUUCACGUCUUUCCCGAGGGAAAAGUGAACAUGAUUAAAGAAAACUUGAGAUUAAAGUGGGGCGUUGGAAGGUUAAUCAUGGAAUCGCCAGUUACACCGAUGGUGAUACCGAUCUACCACCUCGGCAUGGACCAAGUUCUACCAAACCAGCCCCCGUAUCGGUUGCAAAUGCGAAAAAAGGUUACCUUGAACUACGGCGAACCGAUAGACUUUACCGCGUUAGUGAAGAAAUUACGUGCGUCAAACGCAAGCGAAAUAGAAGCAAGGAAAGCGAUCACGGAUCGUAUACAGGAGGAACUCCAAAGACUGAAGACGAUAACGGAAGAACUGCACAAACUCUCAUGAUGGUUAUACAGGGGGCACGGUUGACGUAGCCCCGGCUAGCCAUAAUUUGCCAAAAAUUAAACUAUUUUUUAACAUGGCAAUAGGUGAUUAUCGUGCUCGGAUUUGUACGAAGUCUGGUCACCUGUGAUCAAUCUAUUAGUAAAAUAUAAUGCAAAUGUGCAAUGUUCUGCGCAUAUCGGGCAAUAGUGAUAUAGUUCUUUUCGUUUCUUUUUUAUUACUUGUUUUUAGAAAAAGGAGAAUGCUAUGCCCAUGACAUUUGUAGGGAAGGUUUUUAAUAUAAAUACAAAUCACGUAAACUUCAAAACGCCAUAUACGUUUCACAGUUAACAGAACUGCGUACAUAGCAACGUGUAUAAUUAUAUAUAUAUAUAUAUCGAAGGAAUCACCGUGACAUAUUACACAAAUGACACAGUUACUGUUUGUAAAAUAAAUUUAAAUAUGAUCGCAAAUUAUGGGAGCUCGUGGAAACACACGUGUGCCACUUUACCGCAUACUACUCUUUUCGCGCGUUUACCAUUUUUCAUUAUCACAGAGCUUCGUAAUUUGUGAUCGUAUGGCGUAACAAGCGUUGAACUAUCUUUGUACGAUUGAUCGAAGUUAUCCUGUGUAUACUAGAAAAUUAGAAACCUUUUGUACGGCUCUACAUAGUUUGAAUAUAAUAUUGAAUAUAAAUAAGGAAGAUGAGAAUUUAUACAUUGGUUAAACCUGAAAACGCUUAACGCUGUGCACCGAGCACAAAAGGAUGAAAUAUGAAAUUGCAGUGCUUAUGAUUAAUCGUCAUACAUUUAUAAACAGCUAUAUGCACAUGUACAUGUAUAUUUUUGAUAUCGUAAGAAUUUACAAUGACAGUAACGAUAGAUAACUAGACGAUAAAAAUACUGCAAGGAUAUGCAUUGUUUGUAUUUAUUAAAUUUUCAAUUGUAAGUAGUAAAAUACGUUCAAAGAGAAAACUGUUUUUCGGCAAUCUGCUGUAUCCAAUACGAUCAGCAUUCGAACUAUACUUGUGAUAUUCUUUCACGCCGCUGUUCCAUUUUAAUAAAUUAUUUUUAGCAACACAGCAUGACGCCUGAGGGUAUAUACAGAAACAUGUAAUUGCAACUAAGUAACAAUUAAGUAAGCUAAUACGUUCCUUAGAAACAAAUAAUGGUUCCAUUUACUAAACAUAUUUAUUAAUACGUACGAACAUCUUCAAAUUAUAUAAGUUAUGUUAUAUUCCUAAAUAAAUAUAGAAUUUGUUUUUA